GGAAAAGAAAGAAUGAGAAAAUCGUACCACCGUGCCAUUUCGGGACCACGAGUAUGAGCCGUGCCUAGAAGAUUUCAUCGACUUUGCUCGACCGUCCCCGAAGGCGCAUUCUUCGCAAUGAGCCAAGAGUAUUUUUCGCCCAAGGGCAAGUCGGUCUCGCGGCACGACGGCGACGACGACCAUGGAGACUCGCAGAAUGCGGCGAGUACGAGCCGCCCGGCCGCCCCGGGGCCGUCAACCGCUCCAGGUUUUAUGACUGUUGGCACUGGCACAACCUCGCAGUACGCCGCCCACCUCCAAGCCAUGCUUGAGCAGGACUCAGGCUACGGCGGCAGCAUUACCAGUGACGAAGUAAGCUCGAUCAGGUCCGGACCGAGCGCUUCCGCGGCUUGGGAUUCCGCUGUUCAGGCCGACCGACCAAUUCGCCCUCAUGCUUCUUCCUCGAACCACGGAGCUCCCGACCACCGCACCCAGGCCGGAGCUGUCCACCAGCUCUGGUACAACCAGCAUAGGGCAACGCUUGGCCGCGCGAUCACGGCUGUCGUGGAGCUCUUGAGGGAGCUGCAGGAGAAGAACGCCGUCUGGCCUGCCCACUACCCGUCGGUCCAGCGCGUUGCACUCGAUACGCCUUCGAACCCGGCCUCGAGGCCUGGCAUUCACCAGACCUACUCGACCGCCGGUGAUCUCGCCACAGCACCAUCCUUCUCUCAGCCGGCCCCGAUGCUACGUCGAGCCAUGACCUCUCUUGAAGACGCCGAGGCGGAAUCUAGCAGGAGUGCACAGAACCGAGCGCCUUCCGCCGAGCCGAGACUUGUCACCCCCCAGAUUGCCCAAGAGUUUUCGGUGCUGAAGCUGGAUCUGAAGCUCGGCGCACUACACCAGGCCGAACUAGUGCAUUCGUUGGAGAAGAACUCGAUCGCUUCGCUGCUGGACGGGAAGAUACAAUCGAGCAUCAGGCACCUACAGUCUCUCCGGGAGCGCAUUGAGGACACAUCAAGCAAGGUCUUGGUGACGGGCGACCUCAACGCAGGAAAGUCGACUUUCUGCAACGCGCUGCUCCGGCGCAAGAUUCUCCCCGAGGACCAACAGCCCUGCACGAGCAUAUUCUGCGAAGUGCUCGAUGCGAGAGAGAACUGCGGCAUUGAAGAGGUUCAUGCCGUUCACAAGGACGCCGUCUACGACAGGCACGACGAGACAACCUACGACGUCUACUCGCUGCGGGAUCUGGAAAAGAUAGUGGUGGAUAACACUCUAUACAUGCAAUGCAAGGUGUACGUCAAGGAUGUCCGGACCAUCGACGAGUCGCUCCUCAACAACGGCGUCGUGGACAUUGCGCUCAUCGAUGCACCUGGCCUCAACAUGGACACCACCAAAACCACGGCCAUCUUUGCACGACAAGAGGAGAUCGACGUCGUCGUCUUUGUCGUGUCCGCCAGCAACCAUUUCACCCAGACCGCGACCGAAUUCAUCCGAGCUGCCGCCGCCGAAAAGGCCUAUCUCUUCAUUGUCGUCAACGGCUAUGAUACCAUCCGGGACAAGGAGCGAUGUCAGAAAUUGAUCCUUAACCAGAUCAGAGCCCUGAGCCCGGAUACGUACAAAGAAGCCGCCGAACUGGUCCACUUCGUAUCGAGCGCGGCUAUCCCAAUGGCACCCGCUCCUCCCGGUGGCCCAGGAGGAGGCGGCUCCGGCAGUGCUGGUGGUGGUGGAUUUGACGAUCCAGGGGACGACGACGACCCGAAGGGCAAGGGCAAAAACAAGGAGAUGGAGCGAGACUUUUCUGCUCUGGAGCAAUCCUUGCGCCGGUUCGUCCUGGAAAAGCGCGCCCGUUCCAAGUUGGCCCCAGCAAAGACGUACCUGAUGAACAUUCUAAACGACGUGAACGUGCUGGCUACGGUCAACACGGAGGUUGCGCAGUCCGAGUUCGACAGGGUCAACAAGGAGUUGCAGGAGCUCGAGCCCCAGCUCGAGGCGAGCAAGCGAGCAAGGGCCGAGGUCAGCGAGAAGAUUGACCAAACGAUCGAGCAAACCUGCAAGGACGUCUACGAUUACUCCCGCUCAACCAUCAGCUCGGCCAUCGCUCACGCCGGCGACGGGAACCUUGGCAUCCCCUACCCCGGUGUGUUCGGUGCAUUCCAAUAUGCCGACGACCUGAAGGAGGCCAUGCUUUCUCAGAUUGCCGCUUCGGUCGUGCAAUGUGAGGAACACGCCCGCACCAAGACCGUCUCCGGUGUCAACAUGAUCAAGCAACUCGGCAUUCUCCACCUUGGGAACGAGUAUGAGAACCUGAACUUCAAAUCAGACGUCAUGUUCCAGCACAGGAAGCAUGCCCUAGCUCGCCAGGUCGACAUCGCCACCGAAUUCUGGGACUUUGUCGACUGGUCGACGCUGCUUCAGAGGGAGGAGAAGGCUGGCAUGGCUCUGACUGUCGCCGGCGUUGUCGGUACCGGUGUGAUCAGCGGGUAUAGCCAGAUGAACAUUGCACUUCGCGUUGCUCAGCUGCUAGGAAGCGACAACCUGCGCCGGCUGAUUGUUCCCGGCGCGAUUGCAGCAGCCGCGGCGAUGGUGUUCUACGUCCUCAGCCAGAUCCCGCACUCGCUCCCGCACCGUCUCAACGCCAAGAUCUCCGCCCAGCUCGCGGCGAUGGACUAUGUCCACGCCAACAGCAACCGGAUCUCGGGCACCGUGCGCAAGGUGCUGCUCAUCCCCGCCAACUCGUUGCGGGUAGGCCUCCAGCGCUCUGUCGAACAGCUCGAUCAUCGGCGUGAAGAGACGGCCAAGGUGCGCAAAGAGAGCAGCGACGCCCUCAGGUAUUUUGGCAACCUCGUUCAGCGAAGCGCCCACCAACGCCGCCAGAUCGAAGCGUUGGACCUCGAUGCGCAUCUCCCCGGAGCGCAGGGUGUUUUCUAGGCCAGUUCUUGUCUACAUUACUGCUGCUUCAGGUCUGGCGUUUCGGGGAGUCUUUG